GUUAAUUAUAACACACUUCAAACCAUUAUAUUCCUCUCAUAUAUCCUCUCUUUUUUUCAAAGGCAAAUAUUAAUCAAACAUUAUGGGUGUGAAUACCUAUACUCAUGAGUCCACAACCACAAUUGCCCCUACUAGGCUAUUCAAAGCUUUGGUUCUUGAUUUUGACAGCCUUAUACCUAAAUUGUUGUCACAUGAUGUUAAGAACAUUGAAACUGUUGAGGGAGAUGGUGGUGCUGGAAGCAUCAAGCAGAUGAACUUUGUUGAAGGUGGUCCAAUAAAGUACUUGAAACACAAAAUUCAUGUGAUUGACGACAAGAACUUAGAAACAAAAUAUUCACUUAUCGAAGGUGAUGUUCUUGGAGACAAAUUGGAAUCAAUUGCCUAUGAUGUCAAAUUUGAAGCUGCUGGAAAUGGAGGUUGUGUUUGCAAGACAACAACUGAAUACCACACGAAGGGUGAUUGUGUUUUUACAGAAGAAGAACACAAUGUAGGCAAAGAGAAAGCCCUGGACCUUUUCAAGGCCGUCGAAGCAUACCUCCUAGCCAAUCCUUCUGUCUGUGCUUAAAUAACGAUGAAAAAUGAAUCAGGUCCACACCUGAGAGAUGUAUGUUGCGAUUUAUAUAAUUAAAUAAUCUAUUUCUAAAAAGUUUAAACUUUUAGUUAAGACGAAAAAGUUUGAUGGGUUAUGAAGUUAAUUAAAAGUUCCAAGGGCUUGAGUUUUACAUUGUUAUAGCUUUGUGUUGAGUGUGUGUUCUUUCGAGUUGUAGCUCAUGGAAAGAACUUUUAUCAAUAAAGAAUAUUGAAAGUUUUGCUUUCAAAAAUGCUUGUAUGAAGACUUAAAAUGUCUUUUUUCUUCAAUAUAUUAUAUGAAGCUCAAGGCAUAAUUACUCUA